UCCGAGACGAGUUGACCGCCAUUACUGAGCAGUCGCCAUUCUCCCCGACGAAUUUGUGAUCCGAGUUUGUGCUUGUCUCGAUCAUCGGCAUCUUUAUUGUUCAAUAACGUUUAUCCUGGUCGAUUAAAGAAGAGUUAAUUACGAACAGCUUUGAAAGUUAGUUCUCAUCUCUUCAGUGAAGAAAGUACGACAUUUCAACAUGUCUAACGGUGCUGGUGAUCACGACGACGAGGGCGGCUACGUCGUGAAAUUGCGUGGAUUACCCUGGUCCACGACAGUCGAUGAAAUUCUCAAGUUCUUCAAUGACUGUCGUAUAUGUCAUGGAAAAGCUGGAAUUCAUAUGACAAUGUCACGGGAGGGGAGACCGAGCGGUGAGGCCUAUAUCGAAAUGGAAAGCGCCGACGACAUUGAAAAGGCUUGCAAACGGGACAGGGAUCACAUGGGACAUCGUUACAUCGAAGUCUUUAAAGCCAAAAGAACGGAAAUGGACUGGGUCGUUAAGAGAAGUGGCUUAAAUCUCGAGAAUGUUAUGGACGAUGGCUGCGUCCGACUUCGCGGACUGCCCUUCGGAUGCUCCAAAGAAGAAAUCGCUCAGUUCUUCUCAGGGUUGGAGAUAUUGCCGAACGGGAUUUCGCUACCAACAGACUUCACGGGCCGCAGUACUGGGGAGGCUUACGUUCAAUUUCUUAACAAAGAUGUCGCGGAGCGCGCUCUACAGAAACACAAGGAAAAGAUAGGACACAGAUAUAUUGAAAUAUUCCGGAGCAGUUUAUCCGAGGUACGCGCUAGCAUUGGACCGAAAAUGCGAGGCGGCCCGAUGAGUGGAGGAUAUAAUCAAAGGCCUGCACCUUAUGACCAGAGAGAUCGAUUUGGGGGCAUGAAUCGAUUCAACAAUAAUGGAAGGAGUGGAAGAAAUCGAGGAGAUUUUGAUGGAGGCCCGUGGGGAAGCUCAAACAAUUAUGGAUCCCGAGGAGUUGGAGGGAUGGGACUCAGAGGGGGAAUGGAGAUGAAAGGGUCUAAUUAUCGCAGCGGCGGCGGUGGUGGGGGCGGGGGUGGUGGUGGUGGUGUUGGAGGCGGUAUUGGUGGUGGUCUCGGUGUUGCUGGAGUUGGAACCGGAGGUGGGGAUAAUUGGAGUGGCAAUCCUGGUGUCCACUGCAUACACAUGCGAGGACUACCUUUCAGAGCAACUGAACAGGACAUUGCAGACUUUUUCAGACCAGUUGCCCCAGUCAACAUCAGAAUUAUUCUUGAAAAUAAUGGGCGAGCCUCUGGAGAAGCUGAUGUUGAAUUUGCAACUCAUGAAGAGGCUGUCAAAGCCAUGUCCAAGGACAAGAGCCACAUGUCUCACAGAUACAUUGAACUCUUCCUGAACUCCUCGGGCUCAUCAGGAGGUGGUGGUGGUGGCGGGGGUGGUAUGUCACUGGGUGGAAUUGGGAAUUUCUGCGGCGGCAUAGCCAACAACUUCAGGCCCGGCUACUCUCCCAACAAUCGAGGCUACAGCAGCCAACUGGGUGGUAAUAAUUAUAACAGUUUCUGAGAUACAACUCAAUCCGCUUAUCGUCAUCGCCACUGAAAUAACAAGACGGAAGCAAUUGAUAAACAAAAACAGCAAGACAACAAAUUUUUUCCUUUUUUUUUUUUACUUUUAAUUGGCAACGAUAACGAGUGGAAUUAAUUAAAUCAUCUAAUUCACUGUUAUCGGAGGGAAGAGUCAUUUGAUGGAGAAAAAGCACUGAUAAAUUUCCACAAUUAACAUUGGAGUGCAUUGAAUAGUAAGUAAUUAAGAUUAAUGUAUUUCUCAUCAUAUGAAUGGAUUAAUGAGUGACAAUAGUACGUCCACGUGUGCUCGAUGGGAGCAUAUUAGGUUCUAUUACGAUAGAAGUAUGCAUUUUUCAUUCUUUAUUUUUUCGAAAUGACAAAUGGAAAUACGUGAGUUUAAACGAUUUUGCAGAUCGCUCGACAAUUGGCUUGGGUAGUUCACGAUUUUUAUAGCAGCAACCAUUUGUAUUAAAUAAUGCUCAGGCUUGUAAAAGCGUAAUUACAUUUUAAAAUGUUAUUCACCCACUCUUACGUUAUUGACUCAUGACUAGAAUAAAUCCGCAAACAUUUCAAUUCAAAGAAAUAAGAAUAACUUGAGGAGAAUCUUGCAAAUAUUACAUAAUUGCUAAGUGAAUUGCCCCUUCCCCCCUUUUUUUGCGAGUUAAGUGCCAAUUUCAUGCAUAAUUCAACAGUAUUUUAGAUACUGAAUAUCGUAAGGAAUACGAAAUGUUCAAUUACAGUUCCUUUCAAAUUUAUUAGAAUGCGGCAAGUUUUCAUAAAAAAAUUUUUUUUUUGUUAGCCCCAACAUUCGACAAAUUCUCACAUUUCUAAUGAUUGAAUUAGAAAUAUUCGACCGUAACAUAUAAUUUUUUUUAUCCUAAAAUCGCCAGUAACUUGACGAUCUAUAGAGGAAAGAAAAGAUAUGGAAAAUUGGAAAUGAUUUCUAGUUUUCCUUUUAUCAAUUAUAAUUCACAGCAGAUAAAAACCGUAUCGAUUUUAAAUCUAUUAGAAACACUUUCCCAUAAAUUGAAUUUUCUUUCUGAUUCCAUUGCAUUCUCACUAGUUUUAACGAUUGAAUGAGAAAUAUUUGACCCUAACCUAGUGUAGUUUAUGCAAAAGUCGGGCAAUGAAAAUUUGACAGACGUUCAAGAGCAGAAAAAAAAACAAAAUAUGUACAUGAUAUUAAAUUUUCCUUUUGUCAAUUGUAAUUUUCAAGAUAAAACAAACGUGAUAAUAAAGUAACUACAAACUGUAAGUAAA